ACAGCAUGUUUGCUCAGUAUUCAGUUCACCCUAAAUUGAUUGCACUGUCUUUCUUUCUUUUCUCUCAGUGGACGACGACAACAGCGAGCUUUGCAUUGUAUCGUUUCGAAAUCUUGAUUUCGUAGCAUUAAUAGAGUUUGGGACUGAAGAAGGCAAUGUUUGGGACGGCGAUUAGAUUUUUGGCGAAGAAGCCGAAGCCAAAGAUGGGACCCGUGGCAGUUAAAACGCCGCCGGAGCAGAGGCAAACGAUCACCAGAACCCUAUUCGAUAUCAUCAAGGAGCAUGGUCCCAUCACCGUUGCUAACACCUGGGAACGCGUCAAGGAAGUUGGAUUGAAAGAUUUGACAAGCAAGAAUCACAUGAAAAUCAUGCUGAGAUGGAUGAGAGAGAGGCAGAAGGUUCGUCUCGUUUGCAACCACGUUGGGGCUCAUAAACAGUUUCUCUAUACCACUUGGUUUACCAAGCCAACCACAUCUCCUAAGAACCCCUCUUGAAACUUUAUUAUCAGUUUGUUGCUUAUUUGUAUCAUGUCAAGAGUAAUAAUUUCGUGUCAUAUCCAGAAAAUGAAUGAUAGGUAAACUUUAUGAUUCGAAAUUUUGUAGAGCUAAUGCACUGAUUUGAUAAUCCGGUAAACUUUUUAAUAGUGAAAGAAGGUGUGGACUAGUUUAUGAAA